AUGGUAACUUCAUCGAGUUCAUGGGCGCGAGCUUUGCUUCAGAUCUCUCCGUACACAUUCUCCGCAAUCGGAAUCGCCAUAUCCAUCGGCGUCUCGGUUCUCGGAGCCGCCUGGGGAAUAUAUAUAACUGGAAGUAGUUUGAUUGGUGCUGCCAUCAAAACUCCCCGCAUUACCUCCAAAAACCUAAUCAGUGUGAUUUUCUGUGAGGCCGUUGCCAUAUAUGGAGUCAUCGUGGCUAUCAUUCUUCACACAAAGCUAGACAGUGUGCCUCUAUCCAAGAUUUAUGACCCAGAGUCCCUCAGAGCAGGCUAUGCUAUAUUUGCAUCUGGAAUCAUCGUGGGUUUUGCAAAUCUUGUCUGUGGGCUAUGCGUUGGAAUAACUGGCAGCAGUUGUGCUCUGUCGGAUGCACAAAACUCGACUCUUUUCGUUAAGAUCCUCGUUAUAGAGAUAUUCGGGAGUGCACUCGGACUAUUUGGUGUCAUCGAAGGCAUCAUUAUGUCUGCUGAAGCAACUUGGCCUAUGAAGUCAAUCAUUCUAUGUAGUUUAUGUUCUUCAACAGAGAAACCAAAAUCCCAAAAAUAUUCCACUUAGGCUGUGUAUGUAAUUCAUUUCCCAUUAAUAAUAAAUAUCUGAUCCUUAAA